GGGGACAGUGACGUUACAGAGGCUGAAGUCGGUAGCUGGGAACUGGCAGCAUCUGCAUUAUUUCUACCGUCGUAGCAAAGACAGAGACAAUAUACUGGAUAUUUAGCCAGUAACAAGUAACACACAUUUCUAAUGCCAACGCAUGUUUGGAUAUGAAUUAAAACGGUAGGUUUAACUAGCUCCGUAGGUUGUCUUUACAGACACAUUUUCAAGAGGGUAACAAGAUGCUUUGCUAGCUAGCUUGUCCCCAGACAUACAGAAUAAUCGGGGCCCAGAGAGGCCGGUUAGCUAACAAGGUUUAGCUUCGGAAGCUAAAAUUAUUUAGCUAACACAGAAGAGCCAGUCAUCCAAAUCGUGGUUACAGACAAUUGACUAGUGCCGCGUUCUGUAGCUCGUUAACAAGCUAGCCAGACAGCUAACUAGCUAAAGGAAGCGGCUCCGCCUUUUAUUGACAGACAGACUGGUUGGGCUAACAUGGAGACAUCGGGGAGAAUAACAACCACGCCAGAUGCCCACGACUUCACAGUGGAAAACGUGGAAAAGGCGCUCCACCAGUUGUACUAUGACCCUAACAUAGAGAAUAAGAACCUGGCCCAGAAGUGGCUGAUGCAGGCUCAGGUCUCCCCUCAGGCCUGGCAGUUCUGCUGGGCCCUGCUCAGCCCUGACAAGGUUCCUGAGAUCCAGUACUUUGGGGCUAGUGCCCUCCACACUAAGAUAUCCCGCUACUGGUCUGACAUCCCCUCUGACCAGUAUGAGACCCUAAAGACUCAACUCUUCUCCCAGAUCGCCUGCUUCUCCUCCGGGUCCAAGAUGGUGCUGACGCGUCUAUGUGUGGCGCUGGCCUCCCUGGCCCUGAACACCAUGCCAGAGGCGUGGCCAGGCGCCGUGCCAGAGAUGGUACGUGUGUUCCAGGAGGAGGGAGGGGGGGUGGACGGCCGGGCCAGGUGUCUUGCCCUGCUGGAGCUACUGACCGUCCUGCCUGAAGAGUUCCAGACCAGCCGCCUGCCACAGUACCGCAAGGGACAGGUGCGAGGUGCGUUGGGUCGUGAGUGGGGGUCAGUGUGUCCACUCCUCCAGCAGCUGCUGCGUCGAGGGGACAGUCCCGGGGCAGUGAAGGCUCGUGUCUUGCGCUGUCUGUCCUCCUGGGUGCUGCUAGAUGUCCCUCUCAGUGAGAGUGAAGGACUGGUGGAGGACUGUUUCACUGCUCUACCAGACCCCGAGCUGUUUGAUACUGCCGUGGAGGCUAUCGUCAACGCCAUAUCACAACCCGACUCCCAGAGGUAUGUGAACACCCUGCUGAAGCUGGUUCCCCAGGUCUUGUCCCUGCAGGAGCAGCUGAGAGAGGCCGUCCAGAACGGAGACAUGGAGACAUCACACGGAAUCUGUCGCAUUGCUGUCGCACUGGGCGAGAACCACUCCAGGGCUCUUUUGGAGCAGGUAGAGCACUGGCAGGGCUUUCUGGCUUUGGUCAACAUGAUCAUGUUCUGUACUGGGAUACCAGGACACUACCCAGUCAACGAGACGACCAGCUCCCUCACACUCACCUUCUGGUACACACUACAGGACGACAUCAUGUCGUUUGACUCUGAAAGACAGGCGGUGUAUCUGCAGGUUUAUAGACCAGUGUAUUUCCAGCUGGUGGAUGUUCUGCUGCAUAAAGCCCAGUUCCCCUCUGACCAGGAGUAUGCAUCAUGGUCCUCGGAUGAGAAGGAACAGUUCAGGAUCUACAGGGUGGAUAUCUCCGACACUCUGAUGUAUGUGUAUGAGAUGCUAGGAGCUGAGCUGCUCAGUAACCUGUAUGAGAAACUAGGACGAAUACUGACCAACACAGAACAAGCCUCGUCAUGGCAGCAUACAGAAGCGUUGUUAUACGGGUUCCAGUCGAUAGCGGAGACAAUAGAUGUCAACUACUCUGAUGUCAUCCCAGGCCUGAUUGGACUCAUCCCCAGAAUUAGCAUCAACAACGUCCAACUGGCCGACACCGUUAUGUUCACUAUAGGAGCUCUAGCAGAGUGGUUGGCAGACCACCCGGUGAUGCUGAGUAGUGUUUUACCUCUGGUACUCCAGGCCUUGGGGAACCCAGACCUCUCCGUCUCCUCUGUCUCCACACUCAAGAAGAUCUGCAGAGAAUGCAAAUACGACCUGCCGCCCUACGCUACAAAUAUAGUGGCUGUAUCACAGGAGGUGCUGAUCAAGCAGAUUCACAAGACCAGUCAGUGUAUGUGGCUGAUGCAGGCCUUGGGCUUCCUGCUGUCUGCUCUGCCUGUGGAGGAGAUACUGAGGAACCUGCACUCCCUUAUUACACCCUACAUACAGCAACUUGAGAAACUAGCGGAUGAGACGCCCAACCCGUCCAAUAAACUAGCGAUAAUCCACAUCCUAGGUCUCUUAUCCAAUCUCUUCACUACGCUGGACAUCAGCAAGCAGGAGGACGAAUCAGGAGAGGGCACAGCGCCACCUGUCAAAACAGCCCCGCCACCACCAGGACCUAACCCGGUGGUGGUGGUCCUACAGCAGGUCUUUGCUCUCAUUCAGACGGUCCUCAGCAAGUGGCUCAACGACUCUCAGGUGGUGGAGGCCGUGUGUGCUAUCUUUGAGAAGUCGGUGAAGACUCUCCUCCAUGACUUUGCUCCCAUGGUGUCUCAGCUCAGUGAGAUGCUAGGACAGAUGUACAGUACCAUACCACAAGCCUCAGCACUGGACCUCACACGACAGAUGGUCCAUAUAUUUGCCAGUGAGACGGACAACUUCCCUCCCAUCAAGGCUCUAUUUGAGCUGGUUACCUCGGUAACACUCUCCAUCUUCCAGCAAGGACCCAGGGAUCAUCCUGAUAUUGUUGAUUCAUUUAUGCAACUCCAAGCUCAGGCCCUCAAACGGAAGCCAGAUCUCUUCUUAUCUGAGAGUCUUGACGUGAAAGCUGUGUUCCAUUGUGGAGUACUGUCACUCAAAUUCCCAGAAGCUCCAACAGUGAAGUCUACCUGCUUGUUCUUUACUGAGUUGUUGCCCCGUUGCUCAGAUGUGCCCCCAGUGGCCAGAGUGGUGCAGGAGGAUGGAAAACUACUGCUGCAGGCUGUACUAGAGGCCAUCGGGGGAGGUUCAUCUCGUAGUUUGAUGGACCAGUUUGCUGAGGUGCUGUUCAGUCUCAAUAAGCACUGUUUCCCUCUUCUCACUGUGUGGCUGAAAGAGGCGCUGCAGGCAGCAGGCUUCCCCUCCACUAGGGUCACCACAGAACAGAAGGACACCUUCACCCAACAGAUACUCAGAGAGCGAGUCAAUAAGCGGAGGGUGAAGGACAUAGUGAAGGAGUUUACACUAGUCUGCAGAGGGCUUCACGGGACCGAGUACGCCGCUGAAUACUGACCCUGACCUUGCCACGACUUCCCCAGGCUGGACGCCUCGGUACCACAGUACCGACAAACCUCUCAACACUGGAGUUUUCCUUGGACGAUUGAAACUAGACCCUCCCCCUAGAACAGAAAACAGCUCCCCAUACAGGCCAGCCAUUGGACGAAUGGCGCUCUGUCACACCACUCAACGGUCUGACGAAGGCUGCUCUCCUUCUUUCCUCUCUUUCCCCCUGUCUCUCUAUCUCUCCUUCUUCCCUUUUGUGACUUCAACUCCCAGCAUGCCCUCUCUACACCCUCUUUCUCUCUUUUCUCUCGCUCUGUCGUUCCAUUGGGAUCUUCCGUGGCUCAGAGGCUGUUUCCCUGCUGUUUCCUGGUUGUUUAGCAUCUGAGAUGAUAGUGGUACUGUACCUGCUGUACGUAGCUAGCUAGUUUACCUUUGUAUCUUUGGAAAGAAAACUAAAUAAAUAUACAGUACCAGUCAAAAGUUUGGACACACUUACUCAUUCAAGGUUUUCUUUAUUUUUACUAUUUUCUGCAUUGCCGAUUAAUAAUGAAGACAUCAAAACUAUGAAGUAACACAUAUA